ACUGGAAUGAUAAUGUUGGAGCAGUUUAUGAAAGAUUUGAUGUCAUCGUAGUUGGAGGAGGACACGCAGGCUGUGAAGCUGCACUUGCAUCUGCCCGAUUAGGGGCAAAAACUCUUCUUCUAACACUAAAUAUUGAUCGAAUUGCUUGGCAGCCUUGCAAUCCAGCAGUAGGUGGACCUGCAAAAUCACAACUAGUACAUGAAGUGGAUGCACUUGGUGGUGAAAUCGGGAAGGUUUCUGAUAGAUGCUAUUUACAAAAACGUGUUCUCAAUGUCUCUAGAGGCCCUGCAGUUCGAGCAUUGCGUGCGCAAACUGAUAAAAGGGAAUAUGCCAUGCAAAUGAGAAACAUAGUGGAAAGCACUCCAAACCUUUCUAUUAGAGAGGCAAUGGUGACAGACAUCUUAUUAGGAAAGAACGACAGUGUGGAAGGCGUCUGCACAUUUUUUGGGAUGAAGUUCUAUGCUCCUUCUGUUAUACUGACAACGGGCACUUUUAUGAGUGGUAAAAUUUGGGUUGGUAGAACUUCUAUGCCUGCAGGAAGGGCUGGUGAGUCAGCAUCACAUGGACUUACUGAGAACUUGCAGCACCUUGGAUUUGAAAUUGAUCGGCUAAAAACUGGAACCCCAGCACGUGUGGAUUGUCGUACUGUAGACUUUUCUGGAUUGGAAGCCCAGCAUGGAGAUGAAGAGGUCAGCUGGUUUAGCUUUGAUCCUGAUUUUCAUAUUGAAAGGGAGCAAAUGUGCUGCUAUCUAACACGUACCACGGCGAAAACACACCAGCUAAUUAAAGAGAAUUUGCAUGAAACUCCCACGUAUGGAGGAUGGGUUGAAGCUAAGGGACCCAGAUACUGCCCUUCAAUUGAAGAUAAGAUUGUCAGAUUUCAAGACAAAGAGUCCCAUCAGAUAUUUCUUGAACCAGAGGGCCGAACUGUGCCAGAGCUUUAUGUCCAGGGGUUCUCGACUGGGUUACCAGAGAGGCUACAGUUACCACUCUUAAGAACUUUACCUGGACUUGAAAAUUGUUCAAUGCUGAGGCCUGCUUAUGCUGUAGAAUAUGAUUAUUUGCCUGCUCAUCAAUGCUCUAGGGCUCUUAUGACAAAGAAGAUUGCUGGACUUUUCUUCUCUGGACAGAUAAAUGGAACCACAGGCUAUGAAGAGGCUGCAGCACAGGGCAUCAUUUCUGGUAUCAAUGCUGCCAGACAUUCAGAGGGUAAGCCCCUCAUUGUUCUUGAGAGGGAGAGCAGUUACAUAGGGACAUUGAUUGAUGAUCUGGUCACUAAGGAUCUUCGAGAGCCUUACCGAAUGUUGACAAGCCGCUCAGAACACCGGUUGCUGCUUCGAUCAGAUAAUGCUGAUAGCCGUCUCACUCCAUUGGGACGUGAAAUUGGUUUGAUAGAUGAUAGACGCUGGAAACUAUACCAGGAUAAGCAAGCUCACAUUUCAGAGGAAAAGAAGCGGUUGAAAACUGUCCGGAUUUCAGGAGGAGAUUUGGCUACCGAUGUGACUCACCUGUCUAGUCAGCCUGUAAAGGACUCUUCAACACUGGAGAGUCUUCUGAAGAAGCCGCACGUGCCAUAUAAAGUUCUUGAUAAGCAUGGUUUUGGGAAUGAACUCUUGUCUAAAGUGGAGAAAGAAUGUGUUGAGAUUGAUAUCAAGUAUGAAGGCUUCAUUAUGCGGCAACAAAACCAACUUCAACAGAUGGUCCAUAAACAACAUAAACCACUUCCAGAGGACUUGGAUUACUAUGCAAUGACAACUUUGUCUCUUGAAGCACGUGAGAAAAUUUCAAAGAAGCCGCCAGAGAAUCAGACAAAUGAGCAUCAAAUCUGACUUUGGAUUAACAUGAGACCUUUUGGAAAGCUAAGUGGCAAGAUGGUUUUUUGGCAUUAGGAUUGUGAAACUUAUCACAAAUAUGCUUCUGCUGCCUUGCACUUGAGGAAUUUUGAUCAUCUUUCUCACAAUUUUGCAGCAACAAAAGUGAAGGUCAGCUCAGGGACUCAAAAAUUAAAAGUGCAUUAUUUCAAAAUUAAUUUUCUUGUCAAUUUACUUAAAGUCUGUUGAUUCAUAGUUUUAGCAGCCUCACAAGUCGAUAGAUAUUGUAUUAGUUGUAGUCUUUGUAAUUAGUAUAAUAUGUGUACAUGCCUUAAUUAAGUGAAAAAUGUUUAGAAAUAGAAUUAAGACCUUCUAAGGUUGAUAUUGUGUACUUGCUACCAACUACAAUCUCAGGCAAUAUUAAUUUGGAGGCAACUGAA